AUGGGGGGAGGGCGUGUCCCGGGGGGUGGCGGCGGCGGCCUUCUAUGCUGGAAUGUGCGGCUCCCGAGAGCUCACGGCGCAGGAGCAGAGCAAGCGCCGCCGAGGUCCGGGGCCCCAGGCGGCGGCGGCGGCCAGGACGGUAGGGCGAGAGCCGGAGGCCUGAACAUUCUCUGCAGCCCCCCUCCUGGGUCUUCGCGGGCCUCGACUGCCCCAGCGUCCAACUUUUCCUCCCUCUCCCUCCCCUCCCCCGAAACUCCAGCAACAAAGAAAAGUAGUCCGAGAAGGAGCGGCGACGCGGGUCUUCGCCCCUCCUCGCCCAGGAAGGCCGCCCAGGGAAAGGUUCAGGACGAGUGUGGCGGCAACUGGUGUGUCAGUGGUGCAGUGAGCGGGCCGAGCCGAGAGGAAGCGAGAGCUCCCGAGUUUGCAAAGAGCUGCUUUGUGUUUGAACACCGU